AUGUCAUCUGUUGGAAGUUGUGUUCAGACAUAUUUUCUUUCUAUAACGUUUCUGCCACAGGGGUGUGGACUGAAUCUAUGCCAGUUACUUCACGGUGUUAAACAUACAUUUGACAAUUUUGCCGGUAGCACUAAGAUUUUGCACAAAUUCAAAGUUAUUGGAGAGCCCAGAGUUAUUGCUGUUCUGGAUGUUUCAGAUGUCAACGUCUUCGAGAACCUUGGGGAUUCUUUCUGCGGUUUGGGACCGUUGGAUAUUAAAUGCUUUCCCAUGAUGCAUUACGAGCUUUUCGCCGAGAAUCUAGGGGUAGCAGAUGAGCUGGUGAAAUUACCCGUUCCUGAACUGAAGAAGGACAAUCUGUAUUGGCUGGAUUUUGAUGUUGAAUAUCCCGGUAAAUCUAAGGACGAACUGAUUGAAAUGUGGAAAAAGGAAGCUGAAUUCGCUUUGCGACCCAGGGCUAACAAAGAAGUUAUUGUGGCACCGGUUUUGUAUAAAUGUAUUGCUCAAAGAAAGGUUCACGCAUUCGUGAACCAACCUUCACUGAAAGAACUGGACAAGGUUGGGUUUGAGGUUCCUAUCAUGAUAGACAACGGUGACAAUAUACAGAUCAGGACUAAAAGCCUCCAAAUGCUGGAAGAUUACAUUGAUGCUCACCCACUGCUUUGA